UGUUUCAGACGAGCCGGAGACGCGGGACGCCUGGUGGGAGGAGAUCCGGCAGGAGAUCAAAUCUCACGCCCGGGCGCUGGGCUGCCACGCUGUGCUGGGCUACAGCGAGUCCACCAGCAUCUGCGAGGAGGUGUGCAUCCUGUCAGCCUCGGGCACCGCGGCAGUGCUCAACCCCAGGUCCAUGCAGGAGGGCGGCCUGGACGGCUACAGUGACCCCAGCAGGUUGUCCCGGCAGCCGGCCGCCUUUUCCGCAGGGUCAGAGAAGGGCGAGUUUGAUAUUUUCCCUCAGAGCAAGGAUAUUUCUGCCCCACUAGGGCUGGAGGACCCCUCGCCCCCCAGCUGCGGGUUCUGCCACAUCCCGUACGACGAGCUCAACAUGCCCUUCCCCGCGCAGCUGACCUACUGCUACAGCUGCCGCCGGCAGAAGGUUCCGGACGUGCUCUUCACCACCAUCGACGUGCCCGCGGAGGCCGCUGUGACGGGGAAGGGCUGCCUCAUCCACGCCAGGCUGUGCCGGCUGAAGAAGAAGGCGCAGGGGGAGGUGAACGCCACGGCCAUCAGUAACCUGCUGCCCUUCAUGGAGUACGAGCUGCACACGCAGCUGAUGAACAAGCUGAAGCUGCGGGGCAUGAACGCGCUCUUCGGCCUGCGCAUCCAGAUCAGCGUGGGGGAGAACAUGCUGGUGGGGCUGGCGUCUGCCACAGGGGUAUACCUGACAGCCCUGCCCACCCCGGGAGGGAUACAGGUGGCCGGUAAAACCCCCAGUGACAUCACGGGCGAGCAGCACAUCUCCAACAUGCAGAAGAAGAUUAACGACACCAUCGCCAAGUACAGGGAGCUCUAUGAGAUCAACCCGCCGAAAUUAUUUGCGCUGGAUCCCGAGGCCUUCACAGGCAUUCCUACGGAGGUGGUGGAGGAGGUGAUCGGCUCGCCCAUCCCGGAGCCGCGGCAGCGCACCCGGCUCUUCCGGUCGCACUCGGAGAGCUCCGACGAGGCCUCGGAGCUCGACCUCUCGCACGGGAAGAAGGACGCCUUCGUGCUGGAGAUUGACGACACGGACGCGGUGGAGGACAUCCAGAGUCUCCUCACGGACGCAGCCACGCCCGCAGGUUUUUACAGUUGCAAUACAGAGACCAUGCCUGGGAUAUACAACUGGACGUCAGGUUUACAGAUGUUUACCUCGGUGAGAGUGUUCAGGUUGAACAACGCCAAUCUGACCAAUCAAGGACUCAACAAGAUCUUUAACGACCUGUGUGAGAACCUGCUCAAGAGUUUGUACUUUAAGCUCCGCUCCAUGGCCCCGUGCUGUCUCUGCCAUCUCAACUUCACUGUGGCGGUGCCUGAGGACGAGCUCAUUCAGGUGGCCGUCACUGCUGUUGCCAUGACGAUCGACAAAGACCAGACCCAAGAAAACUGGAAACUCGGUGCCGACAAAACCCACAUGAAAGCGAUAGCUGAGAACGAGGACCAGCUGCAGUUCCCCCUGGAGCUCUGCGCCGACAGUCCGUCCACACACCCCCUCUCGUCCAGCAGAGGGCUCCAGGAGAGCGCCAAUGCGCACACCACCCCCCGAGCCUCGUCUCUGGAGAAGGCCAGUCCGCUGCCCGAGGGCCGGUCUCGGUCGCUGCGCUCCACGCGCUCCUACCCCACACGGCACCGCCGAGAUGACCCCCGCACAUGUCCCUUCAUCCCCGGCACCAGAUCAUCAACGGAGGUGUUCGCGAUGGUGCGGGCUCACGUGGCGGCGCUGGGCGGGAACGCUGUGGUGUCCUACAGCAUGAAGGAGUGCGUCUUCAUGGAGAACCCCAACAAGAACCAG